AGCAGACAGCGCUGUGGACGAGUGCUGUUUCAAUGCAAUGAUCCACUCGCCCGGGUGCUUAACGAGGGACGCUUAGUGAGGGGAACUCCCCAGUGGACCAGCUGUGGAGUGCAUCAUUCUAACUUAGCAGAGCCGUGAUUGUGGCUGGUUUAUUUGAGUACGGACCACCACCGGAGACUGUCACGUCGAAUUGUCGGCCCGGACUUCCUCUUAAGUGAAUCGGCACCGAGAUCCACAAAGCCGGCUAUACCUUAUUGCUUAGCCCCCCCGGCCUGGCGCAAGCAAGUGGAGAGGAAGAAUCGAACCCUGUUGCUGUUUUCUUCCUAGGUUGUUAGGAAGCAUAUCAUCCGCGUUUCGUUCGUUGACGAUAAAAUUGGGGUUUCCGCGUUGCCUUUUUAUUUGAUUUCGCAGGCAAUGUAACAUGACUGGAGACUAACGUUGGGUAGCGAGCUAAGUGUCUUAAAAAACGCUUUAAGUCCGAUCCGUCCAGGAACAAUCCGCGGGAGGCGUUGCGUUCGGUUACUGAUGCGAUGGGACGUAGUAGCUAGCUUGCUAUAGAGCAGCGCCUGGGAUUUGAAUCGGAUUUAUAAUGAAUGCGACAUUGUCUGUCGUCUCCUUGUCAGAAGCGCUAGCUUAGCUGGUCAGCUAACUGAAACUACCUGCAAACGCAGAGAGACGCAAGGAGGGGGCUUUCUGGACAACGCGUCGUUGACUAUUUGGCUAAUGAGCUAAUUAUGUGGACAGUGAAAUCAAGAAAAGGCUAGCUAUCGUAGGGUAAACACAAGAUGGUUUGUGAUGCAACGACGUUAGAAUGAAUUGUGACUGCUAGGUUGACUAGCAAAAUUAGCUAAUGGCUAAUUAGCAAAAUUAUCAAUUUUUAUCAGUAUUUUUACGGGACUAGCAUUCGAAUGUGCAUUUUAGCUAAUACUGGACAUUUUUCGUUACUUUGCUGUUUUUUUGUUUACCUAAACACGCGCCCUUUAGGUUGAUGGAUUAACCCCGCUUUCUGGAUGUACCUAAAACAUUGAAGCCGGUUUCUACAAUGCCAAAGGAAUUGAUGGCUGGUGUUUUUAAUUUAAUUCCCCUGUAGUGUGGAUUUUAGGUUUUUAAAAAAAUAUUUGGAUUUUCCUGGAUUUCCCGGCUUUUAUUGACUCUGUUGGCUGAUCACCUCCCCCUCCCCCUUUCACCGUCCGAUGCCGAAUAUCUGAGCAACUCGUGUAUCUGUUCCCUGAGAUGCUGAAGUGUAUUCCACUGUGGCGGUGCAACCGCCACGUUGAGUCGGUGGACAAGCGGCAUUGCUCUCUCCAGACGGUACCCAAUGAGGUAUACCGCUAUAGUCGGAGUCUGGAAGAGUUGCUCCUUGAUGCCAACCAACUUCGUGACCUGCCCAAGCCCUUCUUCCGGCUGCUGAACCUGAGGAAGCUGGGUCUGAGUGAUAAUGAGAUCCAGAGGCUGCCCCCCGAGGUGGCCAACUUCAUGCAGCUGGUGGAGCUGGACAUCUCCCGGAACGACAUUCCUGAGAUCCCCGAGAGCAUCAAAUUCUGCAAGGCGCUGGAAAUCGCAGACUUCAGUGGAAACCCCCUCACCAGAUUGCCUGAUGGGUUCACUCAGCUCAGAGCUCUGGCCCACUUGUCUCUCAAUGAGGUGUCUCUGCAGACGCUGCCCAAUGACAUCGGCAACUUGGCCAACCUGGUGACCCUGGAGCUCCGGGACAACGUGCUGAAAUCCCUGCCCACGUCCCUGUCGUUCUUGGUGAAGCUGGAGCAGUUGGACCUGGGCAGUAAUGAGUUGGAGGUUCUGCCCGACACCAUGGGCGCUCUGCCCAACCUGAGGGAGCUGUGGCUCGACCGCAACAACCUGACCUCCCUGCCCCCGGAGCUGGGGAACCUGCGCAGGCUGGUGUGUUUGGACGUGUCGAAGAACCGUCUGGAGAAGCUUCCUGCUGAGAUCAGCGGCCUGGUGGCCCUGACUGACCUGCUGCUGUCCCAGAACCAGCUGGAGAUCAUCCCCGACAGCAUGGGCUCUCUGAAGCAGCUGUCCAUCCUGAAAGUGGACCAGAACCGGCUGACCCACCUGACCGACUCCGUGGGCGAGUGUGAGAACCUGACCGAGCUGAUCCUGACCGAAAACCUGCUGCAGAGUCUCCCUCGCUCCAUGGGGAAGCUGAAGAAGCUGACCAACCUGAACGUGGACCGCAACCGUCUGUACGCGGUCCCGGCGGAGCUGGGCGGCUGCGUGGGCAUGAACGUGCUGUCGCUGCGGGACAACCGCCUGGCCCACCUCCCCGCCCCGCUGGGCGACGCCUCCGAGCUGCACGUGCUGGACGUGGCCGGGAACAGGCUCCAGAACCUGCCCUUCUCUCUGACGAACCUGAACCUGAAGGCCCUGUGGUUGGCGGAGAACCAGUCCCAGCCCAUGCUCAAGUUCCAGACGGAGGAUGACUCUCACACGGGCGACAAGGUGCUGACCUGCUACCUGCUGCCCCAACAGCCAUCCCCCAGCCUCGAGAACCUUCUGGAGAACAGCCUGGAUGACGGGCCGACCGACACCAACCUGAACCGUGUCCCCGUCAUACACUUCCAGGACGGGGUCAAGGGCGAUGAGGCGGACAACGUGGGAGACGAGGACCACAAGGGUUUGCAGCGCCGGGCGACGCCCCACCCCAGCGAGCUGAAAGUGAUGAAGAAGGUGAUCGAGGAGAAGAGGAACGAGGCGUACACCUCCCGCGCUGAUGAAGAGGACUACCUCCACAAUGAGGAGAAGCGCCUGAGCAGUCUGUCAAAUCAGAGCAACGAAUCGCACGCCUCCAACAGCACCGCCUCCGCGGGGUCCCAGGAGGAGAGGCGGGAGCUCGUCACCACGUGGGAGGAGCCAGUGAACGGGCAGAGCCAUGCGGAGGAUGGGGAGGAGCUAGACGAAAUGGAGGUGGAGUAUAUCGAGCCCACGGUGCACUUUGCCGAGGAGCCCAUCAUCCGCGGGGCGGAGGAGAACGGGGAGGAUGACGAUGAUGUGGACGGGAGCGAUGAAGAGGAGCCGCCGCCCUUCCCGCCGGAGAAGCAGCGGCUGUUCCGGAAGGACACGCCCCACUACAAGAAGCACUUCAAGAUCAGCAAGCUGCCCAAGCCCGAGACCGUGGCCGCGCUGCUCCAGGGCUUCAGCCCCGAGGCCCAGGCCCCGCCCGCCGCCCCGCCGCCAGCCAAUCAGGAGGAGGAGGAGGAGGAGGAGGAGAACGAGGAGGAGGUGGAGGUGGAGGAGGAGGAGGAAGGCCCACAGCACCCCAGGCGGGAGGAGACGCAUCUGGAGGACGGCGCCCUGGCGGACCGCUUCAACACCUCCCUGCAGCCCCUGAAGGGGGUGUCAUUUGAUCAAGUGAAUAAUCUGCUGAUUGAACCUGCUCGUAUUGAGGCGGAAGAGCAUACGCUGACUAUCCUCCGGCAAACAGGGGGGCUGGGCAUCAGUAUCGCGGGGGGGAAAGGCUCCACCCCUUACAAGGGGGACGACGAGGGAAUCUUCAUCUCUCGGGUGUCUGAGGACGGGCCUGCUGCCAGGGCGGGAGUCAAAGUGGGAGACAAACUGCUGGAGGUGAACGGGGUGCACCUCCAGGAGGCGGAGCACCAGCAGGCGGUGGAGGCCCUGCGCACCUCCGGCACGGCCGUCUCCAUGACGGUUCUGCGGGAGCGCAUGGUGGAGCCGGAGAACGCGGUGACCACCACGCCGCUGCGGCCCGAGGACGACUACUUCCCCCGCGAGCGGCGCAGCGGCCUGCCUCUCUGCGCCGACCCCCCCUCGCCCGCCGGCGGCCGCCAGCGCCUCGCCGCCUGCCUGGCCCGCAACGACAAGGGCCUGGGCUUCAGCAUCGCCGGGGGCAACGGCUCCACGCCCUACCGCCCCGCCGACACCGGUAUUUAUAUCUCGCGCAUCGCCGAGGGAGGGGCCGCUCACCGUGACAACACGCUGCACGUGGGCGACAGGGUCAUCUCUAUCAACGGCGUGGACAUGACAGAGGCCAGACAUGACCAGGCAGUAGCGCUGCUUACCGGCACGUCCCCCACCAUCACCCUGCUGGUGGAGCGAGAGCUAGCCCCCUCCUCCCCAAACCCCGCCCGGGCACGGCCCCACUCCCCCCCGCCCCCCGAGCCCAGCCCGACCGCCCACGACCGGGCCAACCUCCUCAGCCAGCCCCUGGAGGACCAGUACCCCAUAGAGGAAGUGACUCUGGUGAAGGCGGGCGGCCCCCUGGGGCUGAGCAUUGUGGGAGGAAGUGACCACGCCAGCCACCCGUUCGGCGUCAGCGAGCCGGGCGUGUUCAUCUCCAAGGUGAUCCCGCACGGCCUGGCGUGUCGCAGCGGGCUGCGCGUGGGCGACCGGAUCCUGGAGGUGAACGCCAUCGACCUGCGGCACGCCACUCACCAGGAGGCGGUGCACGCCCUGCUCUCCAACCGCCAGGAGAUCUGCAUGCUGGUGCGCCGCGAUCCCGCCCCGCCCGGCAUGCAGGUAAUUGAGAUCCUCAAACAGCCGGGUGAAAAGCUGGGGAUCAGCAUCCGCGGAGGUGCCAAGGGCCACGCCGGCAACCCCUUCGACGCCUCUGACGAGGGCAUCUUCAUCUCCAAGGUGAGCUCCAGCGGGGCGGCGGCGCGGGACGGCCGUCUGCAGGUGGGCAUGCGGAUCCUGGAGGUGAACAACCAGAGCCUGCUGGGCAUGACGCACGCGGAGGCGGUGGGCGUGCUGCGCGGCGUGGGGGACACGCUGGACGUGCUGGUGUGUGACGGCUUCGACCCCAGCGCCGCCGCCGCCGUGGAGUCCUCCCCCGGGGUCAUCGCUAACCCGUUCACCGCGGGGCUGAACCGGAAGAACAGCCUGGAGAGCAUCUCGUCCAUCGACCGGGACGCCAGCCCAGAGGCCCCGGACGCCGUGCUGCCGGAAGUGGAGAAGCAGCGAGGCCCCUCCCAGUGGGAGAGAGAGGAGGAGAAGAAAGUGAACUUCGGUGUGGAGCCGCUCAAGCUGGACUACAGGACGCUCGCCGCUCUGCCCACCACCAGCCUGCAGAAGGUGAACCGGACUCCUUCCUCUGAGCACCAGGGCACGGGCAGCCCGUGUAGAGAUGGCCCGUACUCCCCCCGAGAGUCCCCCUACUCUCCCAGGGAUUCCCCGCACUCCCCCCGAGACGUUGUCUUCUCACCCCGAGAUGCCCCGUACGCCGCCAGCACCCAACCGAAGCUCCCUGUCCCCUGCUCCCCUCAGCCUCCCAGGAGCCCCGGGAGGGAGACCCGCUUUGCCAACGUUAAUCUCAACCCCAAUGCAUCUCCCAAGGAGAACUCACUGACCAGACCAGGCGUGAUCCAGCCCCUCUCCCGGGUGUGGCAGAGCUCCUCCUCCCCCAGUCCGGAGGGCCGGGGCAGCCCCAACCCCUUCCAGCACAGCCCCUCCCCCGUCAACUCGCAAUCCUCCCCUUUCACCCCUUCCCCUCUCUCGCCCGACGAGUUUCCCACCAAUAUCAAGCAGGCGUACAAGGCCUUUGCCGCCGUGCCCCACUCUCUGGCUGUGCUGGAGCCCCGUCAGGACACUUCCAGCCAGAAGAACCACAUUCACCCCAGGCAUAUGUCACCGGAGCCCGUGCAGGACGAGGUAUUUGAGGAUAAAGGGCGGGGCGAAAAAGAGGGGAAAAAAGGGAAGGAUAGGCCCCCCGUAUCUCCUCGGCCAUCCUUCUCCCCACGCUCCCCGCUCGCCCCCGACCGCAAGGAGCCCACGAACAUGGCCGCUGUGCCGCGUGUCUCCAGGCCCUCCGUGGAGCUGCAGCCCCUGCAGGACGAGGUAUUUGAGGAUAAGGUGCGGAGCGAUGGCAGCAGAGGGAAGGAAAAGCCCCCGGUCUCCCCGCGCCCCGUCAUUUCCCCACGCUCCCCCCUCUCCCCACGCUCCCCCCUCUCCCCACAUUCCCCCCUCACCUCCGACCGCAAGGAGUACAUGAACAUGGCGGCAGUGCCGCGCGUCUCCAGGCCCUCCGUGGAGCUGCAGACGCCGCCGGGCCGGGGGCUCAGCAGCCCAGAGCAGCGCUCCUUCAGGGACCGGCAGAAGUACUUUGAGAUCGACGUGAAGCAGCCCAGCAGCCCCGACAGCAAGCCCAAGCCCCGCGUGUCCCUGGUGGGGGAGGACGACCUGAAGAAGAUGAAGGAGGAGGAAGCGAGGAAGAUCGAUCAGUGUGCCCGGGACUACCUUCUGGACGAAGACGACGAUGAGGAGGAAGAGGAGGAGGACCUGGCGACGAUGAAGGCCAGGGGCAAGGUGGUGUUGGACGGGGUGGAGUACAAGGUGGAGAGUGUGGCCGGUCACCGCUCCAAGCCUCCCAGCUAUCCUGCCUCCCCCCCUGGUUACCCCGCCACGCCACCCAGCUCCGGGACCGGGUCUGUGGAUGGGAAGCCAGAGUCUCCCAGGAAUUCCCUGGAGGACGGCUCCAGACCGGAGCAGAGGCCGAACUCCAUGGCUGGGCUGAGCCCUGUGUACCCCGGGGACUCCAGUGCUCCAGUGCGCACGGCGAAGGCGGAGCGCAGGCAGCAGGAGAGGCUGAGGAUGCAGAGCCCAGAGCUGAGCCUGGCCCUGGCCCCCGAUAAGGACCUGUCCCCCGCAGAGAGACGCGCCCUGGAGGCAGAGAAGAGAGCCAUGUGGAGGGCCGCGCGACCCUAUGGGCUGGAAGAGGAUGUUAGGCAGUAUGAGCAGACCCUGGCUAAAAGGCUGUACCAGGCCCGCGUGAGAGCGUCUCAGGGCCCCGCCGCCAACGCCCCGCCCGCCAGUAUGAAGUCCCUGGAACAGGAUGCGCUCAAAGCCCAGAUGGUGAUCGCCAAGUCCCGAGACUCCAGGAAGCGCAGCACCCUGGACCAGCUGUCCGAGUCGCCCUCCCCCGCACCCACCCCCUCUCCCACGCCCCUGGAAGACACCAGCCCCAGAAGCGUGACAUCACCGGGCAGAUUGUCCCUGUCAGAAAAGAAGUUUGACUACCGGCAGUUUGCUGCAAUCCCCUCUUCCAAACCCGUAUACGACAUCCAGUCACCUGAACCCGCUGAGAACGCUGACCUCGCCGACAACAGUCCCAGCCACGUCGCGCCCCUGGGAGACGCGGACUCCCAGCCCCCCCCCUCGGCCCUGGAGGAGAUGCCUCUGUACAUCAGCAAGCGCAAGCUGAGACACGGCCGCCCCAGCCUGGAGACUGCUGUUCCUACAUAACCGGCCCCACGCACGCACACACGCGCACACACACACACACACACGCGCACGCACGCACG